GUCCCUCUGCCGGACCCAAGCGGACCAUGACGCUAUGGCAUAGCCUGACCACUUGUUUGAUUGUGCUGGGAGCCGUGCACGCCGGCCCGUGGCCCCCGGGGGUGCUGCUCGUAGCAGAGGAGAGGCCCCUGGAGAGCCCUCCGCUCCGAAUUCGCCUGCCAGCCACCUCGCAGGGCAUCAGCAACAGUCAGAAGGACGUGGACGACCAGGGAGACGCUUACAUCAUGGAGGAGCCUGUCCCAGCGGACUUUGACAAAGUAGUGGAUUUGAUCAAGGUGACUGUGAGCAGAAUACGAAGCUCACCUACAGGGUCAUCCCAGACUGCGAGGAGCAUCAGGUCUCGGCCCAAACGGGAGAGAAUGACCGGGUCGAGCCGGAAAAGAAACCCCGGUCUGAAGGGACGGAAAACUCCGGGCUGCGCGCUCCGGCAGGUCCACCUCAACGUGACCGACCUGGGUCUAGGCUACCGCUCGGGCGAGGAGAUGAUCUUCAGGUACUGCGCGGGACCCUGCAGGAAGUCAGAAACUAAUUAUGACAAGAUUCUCCGCCACCUGGCCCGCCGCGGGAGGUUGCCCACCAAGGACGCGCCCCCGCAGGCCUGCUGUCGCCCGGUGGCGUUUGACGACAACCUGUCCUUUCUGGACGAUAACCUGGUCUACCACACGCUCAAGAAGCACUCGGCCAGAAAGUGCGCUUGUGUCUGAACAACUCUAAUUUCAUAAGGCACAUCCUGAACCAUGUGUUGGAUAACAGUCAACACACUCUUGUGUGUCUACAAUACAAUUUUUUUGUUACUGUCCAGUGAAAAAGUAUCUCCAAAUUUCAUGUACAGCUUUGAAAUACAACAUUUUUUCCAUUAAUGAAAAGCAUGUAUGCAUCUCGAUUUUAUUAGAUUUUAUUUCUUGACACAUGAAAACCAUGCGUCUCCAGAUGUCAUGUGUAGUCCAGAAAUUCCAGAAAAACAAAGACAAUAUAUUUGCACGGAAGUCGUUUACAUUUAAGUUUGAUUGAUUUUUAUUGCUCCAAGAACAACACAUUUUAUUUAUCGCUCUAGGCCCUUUUCCACCUAUUUUUAUUGUCAAUUUUGUUUUUGUCAGAAAGAUGAAAUUUAGAGAUACUUUUUACCAGACAGCAAGCGUACAGUGUGUAUUUAUAAAACAAUGGAUGUAUUAACUUAUUCAUAUUUAUUUAUGUUUUUAUAAAACAUGUUAAUUGGCA